CACGACGACGGAGAGUCAUUCUCACGGCGGAUCUGCGAGCGUGUGGUCCUGGUCGACAUGAGGAUUGAGCUGUGCAUUCUAGCUUCCCUUUUCAUCGCAGGUGGCGCUAUUAUAUCGCAGCCACACUGCUGCGACGACCCAAAGAUAUGCAAUCCCAGAGUUAUCACGAGCUGCCCGCGGAAGGAUCCGAUAGCUGAAUGCUCCACGUGCUGCUGCGACAGCAGUGAAAAUGUGGAGUUCUACAACCCUGAUCGCCCCGAGCCGUGGUGUUCCGCACCUCCCGCCGUCUACACCGUCACAUUCGUGGGCACUUGGACUGGAGUGUGUCAGCCUGACUACUACCCCUCCAAUGCCCACUGGUCUCCUCCGACUGGAGCCUCUCACACGACUGGCUACCAGAUGUGGGAUGCCUGCAUGGACGACGCGUCUCCUGGAGUGGCACAGGUGUCUCAGACCGGAGCCACCACACUGAUAGAGGGAGAGUAUAGGAACAAUAGCGAUCAUAUUCUGGACACGUUCAAAGCAGGCCUGAUAACUGGUGGUGCAACUACGUCAAGUGAGGUAUCAGUGGACAAGUACCAUCAGUGGGCGUCAGCAGUGACGAUGUUGGCUCCAAGUCGGGACCGCAUGGUAGGGGUGGCGAACCUUCGCCUCUGUGACGGCAACGACUGGAAAAGAUCGGUGAAAGUGUGCUCUGAACUGUUCUCCACUGCAUCGAGGUCGCAGAGAGUCCAUCCAUCGAUGCAGAGGAACAGUGUCCAGUGGAACAACUGCAGUUUUGGCUACUUCAGGUUCACCUUCAAGGAGUACCAGAAUGCCAGUCAACAAACUCCAACCACUGAAGAGAUUUUUGAAGCUGGGGAUGUGUGUCCUGUGAUGGAGCACCAACCUGAGGACUGCCGAACAUGCUGCUGCCACUCCAGCCCUGGCGUCGACUUCUUCCGUCCAAACGCGGCCUCACAGAUUGAGUGCGGUGCACGAGACAGCGCCGAGUACAAAGUCUCCCUCAUACCGACCAUCAGUGACAUCUGCCACCCCAACCUCCCAUUUCCCGGGAACUCUGAAUUCUCCGAUCUCAUACUAGUCUCUCACGGCGGAUUCCAAUUCUUCACCAGGGCUGUGACAGACACUGAUGACUUUUACUACGUUAUCGUCUACAGGGAGCAGUCUCUCGGAGGACUUCUAGUGGCAUUGGAGCAGGAGCUUCAGUACGGAACCAUCAACGACUAUUUUGCCCCCGAUACGCUCACCACAGACAGUGACAGUAAAAGGACGGUUGGAGAAAUUGAGGUCACUCCGUAUCACAGAUACGUCACCUUGACCAGCACACUGGGUUACAACACCUGGGUUGGAUUCAGUGCACUCAACCUGUGUGGCCCUAGAGGGUGGAAGAACCAGCUGGACAUCUGUCUGCCUCUACUUGCCGCAGUCAAUAAGACAGCAUACCCAGAUGCCCCUACUGAGGUCCAGGGAAACAACUGCGCCUUUGGCUACGUCCGCUUCGAGCGAACCGACAGACCUGCCCCCACAUGCAGGCCACAUGAUGAGAGUGCAUAUUCUGAUCCGAACCUGGAACUCUCUGCUUGCUGUUACUCUGAAUUUAUCCUUGAGGGCCAGGUAAUCAGCAUGUCUGAGCGUUACAGGGAUCGUCGCUACCGAUACGAUCUCCUGGUAAGGGUUACCACCGUCUACUAUGACGAUAUAGGCCACCUUGAGCCCGGAGACCUGGUCACCAUCAAAGUGUGCAGCCUUCCCUUCCGCAUCAAGUUCAAGCGGACCUACCGUCUCACCGGGUCCAGAGAGCUGGGUACAAACGAAAUGGAGAUCAUGGUGACCUACUGCCCGCGGAAGGAUCCGAUAGCUGAAUGCUCCACGUGCUGCUGCGACAGCAGUGAAAAUGUGGAGUUCUACGACCCUGAUCGCCCCGAGCCGUGGUGUUCCGCACCUCCCGCCGUCUACACCGUCACAUUCGUGGGCACUUGGACUGGAGUGUGUCAGCCUGACUACUACCCCUCCAAUGCCCACUGGUCUCCUCCGACUGGAGCCUCUCACACGACUGGCUACCAGAUGUGGGAUGCCUGCAUGGACGACGCGUCUCCUGGAGUGGCACAGGUGUCUCAGACCGGAGCCACCACACUGAUAGAGGGAGAGUAUAGGAACAAUAGCGAUCAUAUUCUGGACACGUUCAAAGCAGGCCUGAUAACUGGUGGUGCAACUACGUCAAGUGAGGUAUCAGUGGACAAGUACCAUCAGUGGGCGUCAGCAGUGACGAUGUUGGCUCCAAGUCGGGACCGCAUGGUAGGGGUGGCGAACCUUCGCCUCUGUGACGGCAACGACUGGAAAAGAUCGGUGAAAGUGUGCUCUGAACUGUUCUCCACUGCAUCGAGGUCGCAGAGAGUCCAUCCAUCGAUGCAGAGGAACAGUGUCCAGUGGAACAACUGCAGUUUUGGCUACUUCAGGUUCACCUUCAAGGAGUACCAGAAUGCCAGCCAGGAGCGCCCCAGUGAUUGUCAACAGCAGUCCAGUGAUGUGUGUCCUCCACUGGAAGACAGACCUGGGAACUGCCGGAUCUGCUGCUGCCAGACCAGUGACAAUGCCGACUUCUACCAUCCAGACACUGCCAUUCAGCAGUGCACAGCCACCGAGGUCGCUGACUACAAGUACAAGUCUUUGACUCGUGCGGUGAAAAUAUUUUCAAACACACGGAACUACAUUACCAGCACAGAAGAACAGGUGGAAUUCACCAUCGGUAUCUUGGACUCUGAGGUGGAAAAGGACGACGUCCUCUUUAGCUAUUACCUUCGUGCUAGUGUUCUGGAGCGAGGGAACCGAAAUAGGAGGUCAGCACGCAUCAAUAUGUCUCCAUCGCGACCUUACCUGACACUCAUUAGCAAAUUGCUUCCAUCAGGACCGGAUGACCAGUGGGUGGGAUUCAGUGGACUCAAUCUCUGUGGACCAGAUGGCUGGAAGAAGCGUGUCCAGGUGUGUCUUCCACUGCUGGCCAUCGCCGACAGGACUGCUGAUCCAAAUGCCGAGACUCAGUUGCAAGGAAACCACUGCUCCUUUGCCAAUGCUCUGAUAGAACGCAGGGCUCCACCUGUGUCCCCCCUUCCUCCUGGCAACUGUACACCACAUGACGAGAGUGUUUUCGCUGUCCCAGACCUUGACCUCUCUGCUUGCUGCAGUUGGGAAUUCAUUAUUGAGGGUCAGAUACUCAGGGUUUCCGAGCGAUACGGAGAUCCCGAGUACAGGUACAAUCUUCUGGUGGAUGUCAAGGCUGUCUACUAUGACGAAAUCGACCACAUUGAAGUUGGAGAUGUGGUGACCGUCAAAAUAUGCAGCCUGCCUUUCAGAAUCAGGUUCAGGCGCACCUACCGCCUCAGUGGUUCCAGAGAGUGUGGAACAAAUGAGCUGGAGAUAAGUCAGAAUGGAGUCAUUGCCAACACCCCUGUGCUGGGACCAGACGGGCCUCUCGGAGCAGGCCCCUGUCCCCCCUACAUUCUUGGCGGAAACUGCGAUGAUCCUCGCUAGAACCUUGUCAGGGCAACAUUUCUAGUGUACAAAGUAGUCUUUAGCUCCAUCUGUUUGUACUGAGCUUAUAUGUAGAUGAGUUUAUAUAAUAGUAAAACUAAACAAGUUGGCAUUUUUUCAAUAAUGAGUGUAUGUGGUGUUCAUAGGUGACUGGAUGUCCAACAUAGUGACGGACGUGCCCAGUGUCCUGCCAGCAGUGGGACUGGACCUCUCUCCCCAUAGCUUGCUGAUCAAGCAUUACCUUGCGAACACGUGAUGCCUUCGUAACAGGGUCAAUUUCAGAAUAGAGGUACAGCUGGGGGACGUCCAACAGGGGUGACCUAAGAAAGGUGUCCAUUUCUCUCCUCUUUCGUGGACCUAUCACAGCGUUCAGUGAUGUGCCUCCGCACACGGUGGCCAGGUAGACUGGCAAGCUGAAGCCUCCCUUCUCGUACAUUAGUUUGGGCCCAACCAUUCCAUUUUCGUACGUAAAGAGGGUGGGGCCGCUGUCAAACACUGCGCACGCCGGAUUCAACUUCUUCGUCAGUUCUCGCUCCCUGCUUUCAAAGUCGGAGACGAGGACCGGGCACAUCAAACCACCUGCCGAGAAGGUUUGUAGCACCAAAGACACGGGUUCUUCGAGCGAUUGGUCCAGACCGCGGAGUAAGGAGCGAAACAGUCUCGAGCCGAGAGCCGUGAUCCAGACCUGUAGGAAGCUCGGGGCAAUACAAACUGCCGGGAUCCCAACCUUCGCGUAAGGCUCCGCGUAUUUGGCUACGGCUCGCAGGGAACCGGAGGUCCAUCCGACGAGAAGGGCAAGCACCCUCUUUUGCUGGAUUUGUCCUUCGGGCCCGGGUCGCACCAGAGUAGCUCUAGAUCCCGGAAGACGCUUCAGCUGGUUCUGGAGUCGACCCAGCUCAACGUCUGACACUGGGCCACUCUGAGACGAGUUGCAUCUUCUUCCUCUCGCUGCUCUAAAAGAACGGCCAGUGCAUCUCAUCAUCAUAAUACCGCGAAAUGACAGCGGACCGGGGCGAGGGGUCCGAGCCGACACGCGGGUGGAAAUCUCGUACGCUUAGCCCUAUCCAAACUUGCCACAUGCACACGUA